AUGACAUAAACAAUCAUAAAAGAAAUAUUUAUUAUCCAUAUUUAUAUAUACAAUAAUUACUAUAAACAUGUCGCUGAAAAAAGUUAUGAAAGGUCUACCACCCGAUCUGCUUGCUGCCGAAGGAUUGCUGUACCACGAUUGGACAGCAAUAAGUUCAAACCAACGAGAAUGUAUUUCUAGGCUUGGCAUAACCAUACAAAUGGAACAAGAGUCUUAUUUAAUCGAACAUCCUGAGGUGAAAGCAAUGCUAGAAGUUUUCGUUAGCAAAAUGACACGACUCACAAAGAAAAAAGACGUGCUUAAAGAAGCCGCGAUCCACUUCACGCGGCCAGCCGAGGUCCUCGAUCAAGAGAUAAGAGAACGGCUUGGUUUACCAACACACGGCCCUUAUAAGAUGGACAAUAAACCCAAACACCAACAUAAAGAUCUGGAUCUGGAGUAUGAUCUUAGGAAUAUAAUACUGAAACAUUAUCCACCAGAAGAAUGGAAGAUACCUACACCUGUGAUACCCACUCCUGAUACAGCAUCGUCUUCAUUCAUGUCUCUCAUUACUUCAGAUACAACACUUCCUACACCAGAGCCAAUACCUACUCCCGAGCCAACUCUUUCUGAAACGUUCUUCGCUGUCGUCUCUUAUACUGUGGACAAAGCUAUAUAUCUGCACGUUGAUGACGCAGCUCUGCGUUACGAUACUGCUUACGUCGAACUCAUGAAAAUCGUAGAAGAAGCUAUGGAAAUACCAGUAAUAGAAAUUAGAGAAGAUAUAGCUAAUUUAUUUUAUAAUGCUUAUAAGAUGUUUGAAUUGAAUAUUAUGGAGAAAGAGAGAAUUGCAGCUGAAAUAGCUUGGGAAAAACGAACGAGGAAGAAAAUGAAGCGAACGCUCCGAAAGUUGAACAACUUUAAAGGAUACGAGACACCAACAACACCUAAAAGUGAGAUAUCAUCACAUGAAAGUUAUAUGAAGCCGCCGCCGCGUCCCUGUGUAUGCCAUCCUCAACUCCGGUACAACAGAUACCCAAAGGACCGCUUUGGUAUUUAUCUACCCCGGGAAACUACAUACAGUGAUGCCAAUGUCACGUCUACGCCUGCAAUAUCUCUGGAGAGCAUUGCCGAACCGGACGAUGAUGAUAAAGUAGAUACCAAAUCAAUAAUAAGCAAGAAGUCUGGUAUAUCAACAAAGAGCAGUGCUAUAAAAAAGAAUGCAGCAUUUCAAUAACUGAAUGUUUAAACUUCAAAUUCUAAAAUUUUAAAAAAUCUUGAUUAUUCUGAGAUAUAGAUAAAUUCGCUUUUUAUUUUAUUGGAUUGUGUGUAUAUGAUAUGAAUGACAGAAAAUUCAUGUAACAUACACAAGUUAGUUUUUUACAUGUCUAUCUGUAAACUAGAUAUCUAACUAACGUAUAACUUAGAAAUACAUAUAUAAACGUUUCUA